UCACAUGACUGACUGUUAGUCACCACACGACCCUCAAGGAAGUAUGCUCUGUUGUCUUUAAGUCACUAGUAAACAGAUUCCAUCUUGUCCUUUCUCUCUCUCCAGCAAUCUACCUUGUGUUCAAUCAGUUACAGCAGAACCAACAUGAGCUCAUCAGUCAAACAUUUUCAUGGAUAAGGUUGACUUAUGGCCUUAGAAGAUCACCUGUCAUGUGAUGUAAAUCGUUGCCAGUCACAUUCCAUGAGGGUGUUUAUUCUUCACGACACGGGUUUGAACCUAAAGAUGUACUUACCGCUCCACUACUGUGAUAUCCGUUGGAACAACUGUCGGGACACAUUUACUGAAGUAAAACAGCACUACCUCCUAAAAUGAGUCUCUCAGAGGUGAAUGAGGUGGGCGCUGACGCAAACAGGCGUAUCUUUCAGGACCGUGACGCUGUAAAAGAGGCUGAAAGAGACAAAGACAGGCUCCAUCAGAAGAGACCAGUCUCCCCUGUACCCAGCUGUCUGUCCAUGAAGAGUGACUGGUCUAUGGAUGUACCUAUAUUUUUCGGACCGGAGAGACCAGUCUCCCCUGUACCCAGCUGUCUGUCCAUGAAGAGUGACUGGUCUAAGGAUGUACCUAUAUUUUUCGGACCGGAGAGACCAGUCUCCCCUGUACCCAGCUGUCUGUCCAUGAAGAGUGACUGGUCUAAGGAUGAACCUAUAUUUUUCGGACCGGAGAGACCAGUCUCCCCUGUACCCAGCUGUCUGUCCAUGAAAAGUGACUGGUCUAUGGAUGUACCUAUAUUUUUCGGACCGGAGAGACCAGUCUCCCCUGUACCCAGCUGUCUGUCCAUGAAGAGUGACCAGUCAGUGGAUGUACCUGUAAUAACAGAACCAAAAGUCCAAUGUGAGAAACUACAGGUUGAGGCUACCCAGAAUCAACGAACGGAUCUGAACUCAAUAUUCAGGGUGCUUGAAGACCGGGUCGUUGUUUUGGUAAAACGUGAGUUGAAGAGGUUCAAGAGGAUACUGAAUGAAGUUCAGAGGGAGGAUGAGGAAGUGGUCGAUGCUGAAGAUGAGAAGCAGGAAAGCAGUGCCCGAGAGGGGGCUUUGAAGAUCACACUACACAUCCUGAGGAACAUGAACCAGAAGGAGCUCGCUGACACACUGGAGAACAGUCUUCUAGGAGAACUUGUUGCAUGUCAACAGAAACUCAAAUACAAUCUGAAGAGGAACUUUAAGAAUGUGUUUGAGGGAAUAGCCAAGCAAGGAAACCCAACCCUUCUCAGUAAGAUCUACACAGAGCUUUACAUCACAGAGGGUGGAAGUGGAGAUGUCAAUCAUGAACAUGAGGUGAGACAGAUCGAGGUAACGUCCAAGAGACCAGCAACACAAGAGACGCCAAUCAAAUGCAACGACAUCUUUAAACCUUUACCUGGACAAGACAAAGAAAUCAGGACUGUGUUGACAAAGGGAGUCGCUGGCAUUGGAAAAACUAUCUCUGUGCAGAAGUUAAUUCUGGACUGGGCUGAAGGAAAAGGAAAUCAUGAUAUCCAAUUGAUAUUUCCAAUUCCUUUUCGAGAUCUGAAUAUGAUGAAGGGGAAUACAUACACCUUGAUGGAAUUUCUUCAUCACUUUUUCACGGAAACCAAAGAAUCAGGAAUCUCCAACUUUGACAAGUACAAGGUUCUGUUUGUUUUUGAUGGUCUGGAUGAGUGUCGACUUCCUCUUGAAUUCAAGACCAAUGAGCACUGUUGUGAUGUCACAAAGUCAACGUCAGUGGACGUGCUGCUGACAAACCUCAUCAAGGGGAAUCUGCUUCCCUCUGCUCUCCUCUGGAUAACCUCCCGACCAGCAGCAGCCAAUCAGAUCCCUCCUGAGUGUGUUGACCAGGUGACAGAGAUACGAGGGUUCAAUGACCAACAGAAGGAGGAGUACUUUAAGAAGAGAUACCACGACGAGCAGAACAUGGCCAACAGAAUCAUCUCACACAUAAAGACAUCAAGGAGCCUCUACAUCAUGUGCCACAUCCCCGUGUUCUGUUGGAUUUCUGCUACUGUCCUAGAGACGCUGUUGGGUGACGUUAAGAGUGGAGAGAUGCCCAAGACUCUGACUCAAAUGUACAAACACUUCCUGAUCUUUACCAUACUGCACAAAAAACAGAAAUUUCCCCAAGGACCAGAGGAAGCUGAGUCAGAUUCACAGAUUAAAACAGACGAGGAGAUCCUCCUGAAACUGGGAGAACUGGCUUUCAGACAGCUGGAAAAGGGGAAUCUGAUAUUCUACGAGAAAGACCUGAGAGAGUGUGGCAUCGAUGUCACAGAAGCGUCCGUCUACUCAGGAGUGUGUACACAGAUCUUCAGAGAGGAGAAUGGGCUGUACCAGGAGAAGCUGUACUGCUUUGUUCAUCUGAGCAUCCAGGAGUUUCUGGGUGCUGUGUACGUGUCUGUCACAUUCAACAACGACCGUUUAAAUCUAAUGGCAGAACCUGAAACCACCACCAGAAACCACCAGAUGUCUGGUGACAACCUACAGACAAACCUCCACAAGAGUGCAGUGGACAAGGCCUUACAGAGUGAGAAUGGUCACCUGGAUCUGUUCCUCCGCUUCCUUCUGGGUCUCUCGUUGGACUCCCAUCAGACUUUUCUACCAGGCCUACUGACACAGACAGGAAGCAAGUCACAGACCAAUGAGAUAACAAUUGGUUACAUCAAGGAGAAGAUCAGGGAGAAUCUCUCUCCAGAGAGGUGCAUCAAUCUGUUCCACUGUCUGAAUGAGCUGAAUGACCGUUCUCUAGUGGAGGAGAUCCAAAGCUACCUGAGAUCAGGAAGUCUCUCUAGUGCCAACCUGUCACCUGCACAGUGGUCAGCUCUGGUCUUUGUGUUGCUGACUUCAGAAGAGGUGCUGGAUGUGUUUGACCUGAAGGAAUACUCUAGAUCAGAGGAAGGUCUUCUGAGGCUGCUGCCAGUGGUCAAAGCCUCCAGGACAGUCCUGCUAAACGGAUGUAACCUCACAGAGAGAUGCUGUGAAGCGUUAGCCUCUGUUCUCAGUUCAAACCCCUCCCAGCUGAGAGAACUGGACCUGAGUGAAAACGACCUGCAGGAUUCAGGAGUGAAGCUGCUCUCUGCUGGACUGGAGAGUCCGAACUGUAAACUGGAGACUCUGAGGUUGUCAUUCUGUUUAGUCACAGAGGAAGGCUGUGGUUCUCUGGCUUCAGCUCUGAGGUCAAACCCCUCCCACCUAAGAGAGCUGGACCUUACCCACAAUCACCCAGGAGACUCCGGAGUGAAGCUGCUCUCUGCUAUCGUGGAAGAUCCACAAUAUAAACUGGAGAAACUCAGUGUGGAUCAUAAUUCCGAGUGUUGGUUAAAAUCAGCACUUAAGAAAUAUGCCUGUCAAUUGACACUGGAUCCAAACACAGCUUCAAAAACCUCUCUGUCUGAGGAGAACAGAAAGGUGACACGGGUGGAUGAGGAGCAGACGUAUCCUGACCACACAGAGAGAUUUGAGAACUGGGAUCAGGUGCUGUGUAGAGAGGGUCUGACUGGACGCUGUUACUGGGAGGUGGAGUGGAUGGGGCACGAGGUCCAUAUUGGUGUAACAUACAGUGGAAUAGGAAGGGAAGGAAGGGGUCAUGACUGUGGGCUUGGAUAUAAUAACAAGUCCUGGACUCUUAGUUGUAAUAAUGAUAUUUACACUGCCAGGUACAAUAAGAAGCCCACAACCGUACCUGACCACGCCUUCCGAUCCCACAGAAUAGGAGUGUAUCUGGACUGGCCGGCCGGCACUCUGUCCUUCUACAGCGUUUCCUCUGACACAAUGACCCACCUGCACACAUUCACCUCCACAUUCACUGAGCCCCUCUAUCCAGCAUUUCGGAUCUGGUACUGUGGCGCCUCUCUGUCCCUGUGCCAGGUACCGCUGAGCCAGGUACCGCUGAGCCAGGUACCGCUGAGCCAGGUACCGCUGAGCCAGGUACCGCUGAGCCAGGUACCGCUGAGCCAGGUACCGCUGAGCCAGGUACCGCUGAGCCAGGUAUCGCUGUGCCCCAGUGAAUACAAAGAAAGUAUUUAAAUGACAAAUUAACUGUAGCUUUGACAACCAGAAGCGAAUCUUGUGGGAGCUCUGGCCUCAGGCCAGAGACAUGUGUGCAUCUGUCACAAGGGGAACUGUAGAGCACUUUAAAGCUUAGAUGUAGUUAGCAUAUAUCCAUUGUGCACUUAUCAGGAGUAUCGAACUAUCGAACUAUCAUUAUUCUGAGUUCAGUUAUUUGCUAGAUUUGGAGAAUGUAAAAUUUGACAUGUUCAGUUCUAGAUCUGGGAUAUUAUUACUAGUUAAAAAGGCCUUUUGUUUUGUAGAUCAAACUUUGAUGCGACAACACAUUUUUUUUUUGUGUGUAAAGAUUCUGACGUUAAACCUGAGUUUUAUUCUUGGAUCGCUGAUUCGCUCGUUCAUGCCUGCCUUCACAGCAAAGGGAAUGAGUUCAUUCAUGCCUGCCUUCACAGCAAAGGGAAUGAGUUCAUUCAUGCCUGCCUUCACAGCAAAGGGAAUGAGUUCGUUCAUGCCUGCCUUCACAGCAAAGGGAAUGAGUUCAUUCAUGCCUGCCUUCACAGCAAAGGGAAUGAGUUCGUUCAUGCCUGCCUUCACAGCAAAGGGAAUGAGUUCAUUCAUGCCUGCCUUCACAGCAAAGGGAAUGAGUUCGUUCAUGCCUGCCUUCACAGCAAAGGGAAUGAGUUCAUUCAUGCCUGCCUUCACAGCAAAGGGAAUACGUUAAUUUAACUGUGGAUUUAAAAUACAGUGAAUAGUAUGUGUUGUCUCAAUGUAAAACUACACCACAAAGGAAGAUUCCUUAAAAAACAACACUCAAUCAGGGAGAAAUACAGUGGCAGGUGGGGGCGUGUAGUAAUGUAGUGAUGUUUGUGAGUGAUGUUUUUCCAUAGAAUAUGUACAUUAAAAAUAUCAAAUAAAUUUUUAUUUUUAUAUGCCAAAGAAAAUGAAAGCGGUUAUUUGUUUAUUUUUAUUUUUUAUCUUUUCAAUAAAUAAAAAACAAAGAAACAAGUCA